AUGUGCGUAGUCUUGGGGCUAACAGCGACGAGCAUGGAUUACCAGAACCGGAGUCUUAGUGCCGCUAACGGGAUUAUCGUCUACGCCUAUAUCAUUACUCGCGUCGAGUCCGACCAUGCAGACGUUCGAGGUCGACACCAGCAAGACCACGUCCGAGGCAUCGGGGCGCGCAGGAAGAAGAGCCACACCGUCAUAGCCGACUGCCGUCCCAGCCUCGGGCCACGCGUGGGGGAGUCCGCGGCCCUUGCUGACGGCGGAAACCUGCUUCUGGUCAGGGCCGUGUGUGGCAUCAUGUGCACCGUUCCACUCACCAGCACAUACCUAUCCAGGGUGGUCUCGUGCGCCUCUCCCUCGCCAGAUACUGGUGGUGGAGUCUACAGCUGA